AUGUCGCAACUCUUAUCUUCACCUCCAAUGGCGGUCAGUCCCAAUCCCUCUAUCAGCCCUCGCUUUCUCUCUUUCUCUUCAGUACUCGUCGCCGGCGGUUUCCCCACGAAACGGCAUGGAAUCGCUUCUAAACCCACGACGGCGGUGAAGCUCUCGGUUAAGUCCCGACAGACGGAUUACUUCGAGAAGCAGAGGUUCGGCGACUCGUCUUCUUCGCCGUCAUAUUCCUCACAAAAUGCUGAAGGAUUGCCUGCUAGAUUCUACGUGGGUCACUCGAUAUACAAGGGUAAAGCUGCGCUAACAGUGGAGCCAAGAGCACCAGAGUUUGUGGCUUUAGACUCUGGAGCUUUCAAGUUGUCGAAAGACGGUUUUCUCUUGCUCCAGUUUGCUCCUUCAGCUGGUGUGCGUCAAUACGAUUGGAGCAAGAAACAGGUGUUCUCAUUGUCAGUUACAGAAAUUGGAACUCUGGUUAGCUUAGGGCCGAGGGAGUCUUGUGAAUUCUUCCAUGAUCCUAACAAGGGAAAAAGUGAUGAGGGAAAGGUGAGGAAAGUGUUGAAAGUUGAGCCUCUCCCAGAUGGUUCUGGUCACUUCUUCAACCUAAGUGUUCAAAACAAGCUGUUGAAUGUGGAUGAGAGCAUUUACAUACCAAUCACAAGAGCAGAGUUUGCUGUUCUCGUCUCUGCUUUCAACUUUGUCUUGCCUUACCUUAUAGGUUGGCAUGCAUUUGCAAACUCCAUCAAACCAGAAGACUCAAACCGUGAAAUCGAGAAUCGCCGACCUUAUUCUCGAAUCAAAUUCGGAACUUCUCCGAUCACCGGCGGUCAUCCGCCGCGACACAGAUGUUGGCUUGACGACUUUUUCUCGCCGCGAUCUUUGCAUCUUCCUUAUUUUCGCCGGCUUUUACUCAGCAACGAGAUCUGUUUCCACGGUAAAGGAGGAUGUCGACUCCAGCAAGGAAGAGGUUGA